CCGCGGUGGUGCACCCCGUCAAGGCUCACACACCCCGCACACCGCGACCCAGCCCGGGCGCCCCAGGCUGCGCCUCACGGACACGCCACCCAGCGCGCGACGGUUAGGACCAACGGCAACUCGCGGCCGCCUUACGCGCAUGCGCGACCGUGCCGCUCGGGCGGGCAAAUUCAAACCUGCCCCUCGCCCCUGCUCUUUGUCGGGGUAGCAGUUGUGCUGACGUCAUUGCACCGCGUCUUUCUUCUCUGCGGUUUCCGGCGCUCGCCCUUGCGAGGCGGGCGAGCAGGGGCUUGGCGGACCCUCUUCUCCCCUGUCCUGUGUGGAGGGGGCGAGAGGCUUUCUCUACAACCAACGCCGGCGAUGGCUUCGGGGAGCGCAGAGGCGCCGCAGGUGGCAGAGCUGAAGGGAGAGUUGCGGCGUCUGGCGGAGGAGCUGAGCAGCUGCCAGGCUGAUAAAGAAUUUGUGUGGUCUCUGUGGAAAAAUCUACAAGUGUCAAGACCAGAUCUUACUCAAGCUGUCGGCUUGGUGGUGGAAAGAGAAAAACAGAAAGCUGAAGUCAAGGCCAGAAAGGUUUUAGAGAUUUUGCAAGCCAAAGACAGCAAAAUAGAAACCCUAGAACAGAGACUCACAGGACAGCAGCAGGAAAUAAACAACUUAAUACAGAGAAAAAAUGCUGUGGAUGGGGAAAAUGCCCGUUUGAAGAAUGAAUUCAGUAACUUGAACCAGAAAUUUAAAGAUAAAAGCCAAGAACUUAAGGACACUGAGGAGUGUGCACAGAAGAAGGAAGAGCAAAACAGACUGGUUAUAAAAAAUCUGGAGACGGAAAAUCAGGGAUUAAAUACAUGCUGUGCUGACCUGCUAAAUGACCUGGAGAAACUGAGGAAACAGGAGACACAAUGGAAAACAGAAAAAUCUGGCAAUGAUGCCAGAAUAAAGACUUUGGAAACUGACUUAGCAGAGGCAAGAGAACAAAUAAAAGAGUUGCACAAUAUAUGCAGUAACUUGUCAUCUCAGGUAGCUGUGAAACAGGAAGAAUUGACCCAGAAGGAUUGUGAUGUGAUAAGAGCUAGGAAGGAGUUACAGGAGCUGCAGAAUCUUUACAGUCAAAACACUGAGCAUACAGCACAGCAGGCGGAGCUGAUAAAGCAACUUCAGGCUCUCAAUAAUGGUACACAAAAAGUACUGAAAGACCAAGAAGAUGCUCAUAUAGCUGAAACAACAUCCUAUCAAAAACUUUAUAAUGAAUUGGCUUCAUGUUUUGAAACUGUUAAAGCAAGUGAAGUUCAACUGCAGCGAAACUGUGCCUCUCUUCAGGAUCAGUUACUUGGAAAAGAUGAAAAGAUUUGUCAGUUACAAGAGCAACUUCAGCAGGCUCAUGCUUCUUUAAAUGCAAUAUAUAAGAAUCCUCCAAAAUGUGAAGUACAUGAACCACCUGUGAAACGUUCAAGGUCUCUGUCCCCAAAGAGCUCUUUUAGAGAGUCAGAGGAGCGAAAGAAGCUUAAAAUAGCUGAAAGGAAGAUUGAAAACUUAGAGAAGACACUACAGCUAAAGACUCAAGAAACUGAUGAGCUAAGAGCAGCCCAUGAAAAACGCAGAGAGAGGCUGCAGAUGUUACAGACCAACUACAGAGCACUAAAAGAGCAAUUAAAGCAGUGGGAAGAGGGUGAUAGCAGGAUUGAAAGUGGUAAAGGCAGAUACCAGCGUGCAGACCCCCAUCAGCUUUGUCAAGAGGAUUCUGAUGCUGUGUGGAAUGAACUGGCUUUUUUCAAAAAGGAACACAAAAGGCUACUGGUAGAAAAACUGAAUCUUGAAAAAGAAUUGGACCAGAUGAAAGUACACCAAUCUGUGGAGCCACUUUUCAAACUUAGUGAAGAUGAUGAGGUCAAGAACAGUACUGCAAAGAAGAAUAUGAAAGAAGUUUCACAUCAAAUGUUACAGAAGGUACAACAACUAGAAAGAAGAUUCAAAGCUACUGAAGGGGAAUUAAAGAAACAGAAAGAAGUAAAUGAAGACUUAUUGAAGGAGAAAAAUUAUUUGGAAGCAUCUUUAAAAGUGCAAAAGGAAGAUGCAGACACGAGAGAAAAUGAGCUGGAAACACUAUUUAAGAGGAUUUGUAAAAUAAGAAAAGACAAAGCAGAACUUCAGUUAGUGAUUGAUGCACAGGAAAAAGAAAUUGCCUCUUUGAAGGGGCAAGUGGCAGAAGCUAGCAGGUUGAGAAAUGAAAAUGAAGAUUUGCUGAGUCAAGUACAGGAGCUGAAGUAUUUACUGGAUGAAGCCAAAGCAGUGGCAACCUUUGGGCAAUGUAAUUGCAAGAUAACAGACGCCAAGGUUAAAUUAAAAACAGCCAAGAAAAAGAGCUCUUUGGGACAUCAUGGAGCUUUUCUCAAACAGUCCAUCAAGGUUAUGAGUAAUGUAUUUGAGAACUUCAGUAAGGACAGCUGGGAGGAUGUGAGUGAAAGCAGUGACCCUGAAAUACCAACUUCUGAAAGUUUGGAAAUGGUGAUUGCGAACAUAGUACGAAACAUUGAUCCGCUGCCAGACAGAAAUAAACAACAUCAAAAAAAGCAAACACAAGAUAGUCAAAAGCCCUGCAACAUCGUUUGUUUAGAAGGCAAACCCCACCUGUAUAAUAAAAAGGGCCAUUCACAGAAUAAAGACCUAGAAAAAUUACAUUCCAAGAGGAGGAAGAUCUGCUGUCUCACAACUUCAUGUCCAUCAAUUCUAAACAAAGGGAACAGAACAAAAAGAAGAAAUAUCAUUGUCCGGAAACCAGGCUCCUCUGUUACUCUACUACAUGAAAGAAUUAAGUCACUGCAGCAGCAGCUAGCUGUUUUACAGAAUGAAAAAAAGACAACAGUGUCUUCUGUGAAGCUAUUUAAAGAAAACAAUGAAAAACUAGCAAAUGAGCUACAGCUGGCUGAUCAGAGGCUUCAAACUAGUAAACUGACCAUAGAGGUGUUGACCUCCAACCUGGCCAAGUGGCAACAGGAGAAGGAAGAUUUACAAGAAAAAUUGAAGUUGAGAGAACAUCUGUCUCUAACUACUGGAAAGAGUGAAGCCACACCAGCUCAUUCAAAGAACAUCGAUUUAGAGAUGAAACAGCUGCAGUGCAAACUAAAGAAUUCGAAUAAUGAAAUCACUAAGCAAUCAACCACCAUUAAGUCGCUAAAAAACGAAGUCCAGGAAAAGGAAGAACGCAUACAGGAGCUACAAGCAAAGAUUUCUCGAUUGGAGAGGGACCUUAUUAUGAAAAGACAUUUGAUAGAAGACUUAAGGUCUCGCCUAAAAGCAAAUCAAGAAAAUGAGAAAACUUCUAAUGAAACAUUACAAAGUCUUGAGAGAAAGGCAAAGGCACUGGCUGAAGACUGUUUGAACAAAAAAAUUUCCAUUGACUCACUGAAACAAAAACUUAAUGUAGCUACAAAAGAGAAGUCUCAGUAUGAGCAGAUGUAUCACAAGGCUAAAGAUGAGUUGGAGAAAAAGGAUCACAAGCUUACAAAUCUAGAGAGCAAAAUGACUGAGACUGAAUGUGCCAUGGCUGAACUUGAGACUACUGCAUCUCAACAACUACAUGGCUUGGCUAAACAAAGCAGGCAGGCUUUGGAAACUGUGCAGAAGCAGCUGCUGCUCACCAAUGACAAAGUAGAACAGUUCAUGACAUUUGUGAAGGCUCUAACCAGAGAGCUACAGCACAGCGUACAAGAGCUGAGAACAAAAAUCAAACAGGCAAAAAAAAUGGGAGAAGCGAGAGUGUGCAAAAAGGGUCUUUCCCAGGAGUCUGUUCAGUUGGCAGCAUCUAUUCUUAAUGUUUCAACAACUGAUCUUGAGGAGAUAUUAGAAGUAGGAGAUGAUGAGGAAACAGCAAAAACAAAAAUGGAAUUUGAAAACGAUAAAGAAUGGCUGGAGUAUAUACAUAACCUUCUUGAGGCACAGUUUCCUUUUGCCUCCUACUUAAUGGAUGCCAUACUGCAAAAAUUAAAUGAGAAGAAGAAACUCUUAGAAGAGUACAGUUCUCUCAUGAAACAUACUGUAUAAUAUUGCUAAGACUUAUCUUUGCAAAGUGUGACUAAAAUGUGUGCUAUUUCCUUGUCUUUCC